CGGGCGGGCCUAGGGUGGGCGGCCCGGGGUGGCCGGCCGCGGGAAUGUCGCUGCGCUCGGCCCCGAGAGUGUCGCUGCGCUCGGCCCGAAGUCCCCCAGCGGCUCCCCUCAGCCUGUGCCGGUCUGCAUUUCGUGUCUCGCCUAGAAAGGCCUUCACCAUUCCAAUGUUAUAAACAUACUUCCGUCUAGUUUCUUCUAAUGAUUCUGCGGCUUUAAAAAACCCAUGGGCGAUGGAGAAUUUUGGGAAUGGAUAAGGGUGAUGGCUGAAUAACAUGAUGAACAUAAUGCCACUGAACUGUACGCGUGAAGAAUGUUGAAAUGUAUGCCUUCUCAGAAUGCUGUACUUUCCCAGGGGGAGAACUUGGAGGAGAAGGAAAUGGAUGAUGGGACACAGAUAGUCAGGUCCCAGGACGCUUACUCUAAACCCAAACAGCCCAUGAAGAGGCCCACAUGGAGAAGAACCAAGGCCCAGAGCCCUGGCUGAGCUCCUCGGACAGCCAGCAUCAACUUGCCAGCCAUGAAUCAGUGACAUUCCAAGACGUGGCUGUGUGCUUCAGCAGAGAGGAGUGGGACCAACUGUACCCUGCUCAGAAGACCCUGUACAGAGACGUGAUGCUGGAGAACUACAGGAACCUGGUCGCGCUGGGGCAUCAGCAUUAUAAGCCAGAGGUGAUCACUCAGUUGGAGCAAGAGGAACAGUGGAUGAUGAAAAGCAAGAGCCCUGCAGUCACACAUCCAGAUGGGGAGAAUAGACCUGAAAUAAAAAAGUCUGCUCAAAACCAGAAUAUUUCUGAUGAAAAGCAAAUGCGUGACAUGAUAAUGGAAAGACUAACAGGAGACAGUUUCUGGUUCUCCAUCUUAGGAGGACUCUGGGAUUUUGAUUACCAGCUAGAGUUGAGCCAAGAAAACCAGCAGAGACAUUUGGGACAAGAGUCUUCCACCCACAAAAAGAUCACUCAGGAACAAAUCCUUGAAUGUAAUAAAUUUGGGGGAAACUAUAACCUGAAUUCAAACCUUAUUAUGCAUCAGAGAAUUCCUUCCAUGAAAAUACCCCUUAACUCAGAUGCACAAGGAAAUGGCAUCAAACAUAAUUCAGACUUGAUUUACUGUCAGGGAAACUAUGUAAGAGAGAAUCCCUAUGAAUAUACUGAAUGUGGAAAAAUCUUUAAGCAACAUCUUCUUUUCACUAAUCACAUUCAUACUGCAGAGAAGCCCAGUGAAUGUGGGAGAGCCUUCAGCCACAGCUCAUCUGUAACUCAACCUCAAAUGGUCCUUACAGGAGAGAAGCCCUAUAAGUGUGAUGAAUGUGGGAAGAGAUUCAGCCAGAGGAUACAUCUUAUUCAACAUCAGAGAAUUCACACAGGUGAAAAACCCUUUAUAUGCAAUGAAUGUGGGAAAGCCUUCCGGCAGCAUUCAUCCUUUACUCAACACCUGAGAAUUCACACUGGAGAGAAGCCCUAUAAAUGCAAUCAGUGUGGUAAAGCCUUUAGCCGUAUCACGUCACUUACUGAGCAUCAUAGACUUCACACUGGAGAGAAACCUUAUGAAUGUAAUUUUUGUGGGAAAGCCUUCAGCCAGAGGACACACCUUAAUCAACAUGAGCGAACUCAUACAGGAGAGAAGCCCUAUAAAUGUAAUGAGUGUGGGAAAGCCUUCAGCCAGAGUGCACAUCUUAAUCAACAUAGGAAAAUCCAUACUCGGGAGAGAUUAUGUGAAUACAAUAAAUGUGAGAAAGCCUUAAGCCACAGUCCUUCACUUAUUCAGCAGCACAUACCUCAUGGGAGGGAAGUCAUAUGAAUAUAUUAAAUGUAGGAAAUUUUUCAGUCAGACCUUUUCAUCCCAUUCAUUAUUAAAUUAUUCAUCAUGGAGAGAAACUUACAAACUCAUAGAAACCAAAUAAAUUUAGACCUCAAACUAGUAGUACAUUAUAGCCUCAGGAAGGGUUAUAAAUUGUAAAAAUAAUUUAUAAAUAAGAUUAUAUUAGUAAUCAUGUCCCAGAUCUGAUAUAAAAAAAUUUUUUAACUUAAAUUAACCUGUAAUUACUCACCAGUAAGCUUUAUGGUAUAAAGCUUUCAAACAGUUUAAACAUUGAUUAAUCAAUGUUGUAGUGUAACCACUUGCAGAAACUUAAACAUGAAAGAGCAGUAUUUCUCAAACUUCAGUCGUUUGUGUGCCUCCUUUACAGCUUUUACCAUAUCAAUUAUUUACUUAAUAUUUUUCUUUAAAGGAACUUAGAAUUUUUAGCCUUUUCCUAAAAAAUAUUAUUUAUGGGAACUGUGAGUUUUAUAUGCUGAGUAUAUAUGUUCUAUUGUAUGUGUGUGUGUAUAGAUAUAUAUAAACUCGGAAAUUAAAUAUUCAUCAGCGUAUCACUUAAAAUCUUGUGUACCAUCAUUUGAGAAACAAUGUGAUAAGACAUGGCAAUAUCCUGUUAUCCUUUUAGCAAUUCUUGCAUUAUUUUCAUCUAGUGAGCCCUAGAAUCCCUUUGAGAAGAGUCUUGGAGGAGAUUGAGGGUCAUAUUGACCAAUUUAAAAAAUUUAUAAAGAGAAGUCUACUUUUCUAUCCUGUUAUCCUAGUUUUAAAUUUCCCUGUAGCAAGCAUAGGUCUUUUUUUUUUUAAGUUAAAAUGGUUAUUUCUGCUGUAUUUGAAAUCUUGAACAGAGAGGAGUCCUUCUGAUAAUGACCAGAGACUAAGACCCCCAUGCUUCCUGCACCACUGUGGGAGAUGAGAGAGUAGCAGAGUGCAGUGCGAUGCAUCACUUUUAUGUGGCCUUUCUCGCCAUAGUCUUGUAACUCUCACCAAAUGACUGGGUGGGAUUAUGCAAAUGAGGUGCUUGUGGCCCCCCAAGGGGAGUAGAUAACUUGCUAAUAAUGUAAAUAAGGUACAUGGCACCCUUGUGGGGGUGAGACCAUGCAAAUAAGGUGUAUGGAACGCUAAUGAGGGGGUUAGUCACUUUUGCAAUCCUGCUAGGCUUAAAAUCAGCCAUCUCAGAGGAGAAGAGUGGGACCUCAAUACCACCAAGAAGAGACGGAAGCAGAGUGCAUCAUUUGGAUCUAGGGCCCCUGCACUGAGAACCUCCUAGACCCAGGAAACAGCUGUAACACCGAAGAUGGCGUAAGACAGCAAGAAGUAGCAGAGAACUGGCAGCACUAGAACUAGGAGACCAGCAGGAGACGGUGUGGUGGGCCUCCCAGCCCAUGGAGCAAGAGAGCUGAGCACCUUCAGGCUGGAGGCUUGCUGGUGGAGUGGGGUGCCCUUGGGCACUUACUGGCAGAGGUAAAGAGUUUUUUAACACUUGCCCAAACAGGGUUAAGAGGCCAGACUGAGGGGCCAAGGGACCGAGAGAGGCCUGCCUGCAGGCAUGGUGGAGGAGCUGUCCUCGCUGAAGAACUGUACGCUGAGUUGUUCCUUAUCCUGAAUUGUAACCUGUUUCUUCCCUAAUAAACCCCAUAAUCAUGAGUAUAGUCUGUGAGCUCUGUGUGGCCAUUGCAAUGAAUUAUCAAACUCAGCAGAGGAAUAGAGAGUAGUGUGGGAGGGACACUUUGUAGAACUGGUGAAAUGAUUGGACUGUGGGGGUAUGUUUGACCGCCACCUCCUAGAGAUCAGCCUUGGGCCGAUGUUGAUGGUGAUUCUUUCCCUCAGGAAAUUGGAGGAAGACCUCUGAUGCCCCACCGUGCCAUUUUUACGUAGAGAGAAUGGGUAAGACAGAACCCAAGAGUGAGCUGUGGCACCAUAUUGAGGUUAAGACUAGGAAGAGCCUACUGGCUUAUAUGAACAACCCAGAAAGUAGUCCAAUUGGCUUAAUAAUCCAUUUCAUGUAUUGAAAUAUGUUUAUACCAUACCUUUUUCCAAAGGGAACUUAAGGUAGUUUAUGUCUAUGAUUAUUGCCUUGUUUGACAAAAAUCACAUUUUCAUAUUACGUUAAAAGUCAAACUGUCAUAAGCCAUAAACAGCUGCAUGAAUGGGCCUGCUUCAGUUUCUUGGCUUUCCUUUUUUCUCUCCGUUCAUAGGUGUGGCUGAAGUAACCAUAAGGCUGAGGUAGGAAUGUAGUCCCCUUGCUUUCUCACCUUUCUUCUAACAUAGCUCCCAGCUUGAGACUUCCCUGAUUUUUUCCCCUGUGAAAGGAUGAGAUUUUAUAGGCCUUGAGUCAAAACUGAAGUGAUUUAAAGACUUAAAAAUUCAAACACUGAAAACGAAAAAGAAACAAAUUCAUUUUAUCACCGAAGUUAACGUUUUCAAGGUGCAUUUCUGUCCCACCCAGGAGUGUAUGUGAAAUAGCCACUAAACCUGAGCAACUGUAGUCAAGGAGGGUUUCUAAUAGCGAUCUGCGCUCAGGUGUCUGUGCUGGGGAGACUGAUCUCCAGGCAGAUCAGUUCUGGAAGUAUCUGUUCACCAGAAGAAGCCACAGUUAACAUUCAUUUGCCAUAAUGACUCAGAGGAUAGGGCAGUCAGAUUUCAGAAAGGGACAGAGUGAGCCAAGGUGAAUCCUCAGAUAGAAGAGGUAGAAGUAAUGUUCAGUUACAACUGAUGAAGGCUUUAGUCAAAGUUUCCUUUUGCAACCAGAAAACAAAACAAAACUUAAAUAUUCUACAAAGAGUACUAAGGCCUCCAAAACAAGGCAGUGUAUCCCAGCAGAGGUGUAAAAUAAGAACAAUGUGGAAUUUUCAGAAGAGGAUCAGCAGAACUUGGACUAUGCCAAAAAAGAGGUGUCUGGACUGAACUCGAUCACAGUUGGACAAGGGUUUUCACUAAUUCUUCAUAAGUAGGAAUUGGAAAUUAAGAUGAGAUUUCUAUUAUAUGUAAUAUAUAUACCUUAUUUUACAACAUAUAAUAUUACAUUGUAUUUCUAUUAUAUAUCCCUUAGGGUCAUAAAAAAAACUCUUUAAAAUGUUCAAAAGCAAAGAUAUCACCUUGAGGACUAAGGUGUGCCUGACCCAAGCCAUGGUAUCUUCAAUCACCUCAUAUGCGUGCGAAAGCUGGACAAUGAAUAGUUGAUGCAUUUGAAUUGUGGUGUUGGUGAAAAAUAUUGUAUAUACCAUGGACUACCAGAAGAACCCUGGUGGCCUAGUAGUUAAGUGCUGUGGCUGCUAACCAAAGGGUCGGCAGUUCAAAUCCACCGCGCGCUCCUUGGAAACUCGAUGGGGCAGUUCUACUCUAUCCUAUAGGGUUGCUAUGAGUCAGAAUCGACUCGACAGCACUGGGUUUACCAGAAGAACAAACAAACCUGUCUUAGAAGAAGUAUAGAGAGAAUGCUCCUCAGAAGGGAGAAUGGCAAGAAUUUGUCUCAAGUACUUUGCACAUGUUAUCAGGAGGGACCUGUCCCUGGAGAAGGGCAUCAUGCUUGGUAAAGUAGAGGGUCAGCAAAAAAGUGGAAGGCCCUUAAGAAAAUGGGUUGACACAAUGGUUGCAACAGUGGGCUCAAACGUAGCAAAGAUUGUGAGGAUGGCGCAGGGCUGGGCAGUGUUUUGUUCUGUUGUACAUAGGGUCACUAUGAAUUGGAAACCGCUUGAGGGCACCUAACAACAACAGGGUCAUAAAUGAGUAUGUUAACUGUAUAGUAAACUAUGUCAUUCUGGUAUAGAUUCAGUCAUUCUCAUGUUCUUUGUCUUCAAAAUGUUCCAAAUUAAGGAGUAAACUCUGAGUGUAUUGUUGUUAGGUGCUGUUAUGGAUUGAAUUGUGUCCCCCCAAAAAUGUGUGUCAACUUGGCUAGUCCCUGAUACCCAGUAUUGUGAUUGUCCACCAUUUUGUCAUCUGAUGUGAUUUUCCUAUGUGUUGUAAAUCCUACCUCUGUAAUGUUAAUAAGGUGGGAUUAGUGGCAGUUCUGUUAAUGAGGCAGGACUCAAACUACAAGAUAAGGUUGUGUCUUAAGCCAAUCUCUUUUGAGAUCUAAAAGAACUGAGCAGAGAGACAUGGGGACCUCAUACGACCAAGAAAGCAGCUCUGGAAGCAGACUGCGUCCUUUGGAUCCAGGUUCCCUGCUCAGAGAAGCUUCUAGACCAAGGGAAGAUUGAGGGGAAGGACCUUCCUCCAGAACCGACAGAGAAUGCCUUCCCUUAGAGCUGGUGCCCCGAAUUCAGACUUCUAGCCUACUAGACUAUGAGAGAAAAAAACUAUCUUUGUUAAAGCCAUCCAUUUGUGGUAUUUCUGUUAUAGCAGCACUAGGUAACUAAGACGGGUGCCAUCAAGUCUGUUCCCACUCAUAGUGACCCUGUGUACAACAGAAGGAAACGCUGCCUAAGCUUGUGAAUUACAUCAAAAUACUGGUGCUUUUGGAGUAGGGAGGCCGGAGGAGUGAUACUUGUUCUAAAUCUUUGUUGUGGUUCAUUUCUGUCUGGAAAGACAAAACAUUAUCCUUUCUCAUGUAUUAGUUCAUUUGAUCCAUCAACCAGGUAUUAUUGUCCUUUUAUGGAAAGAGAGACAUAAACUUAGACAUAAUAAUAAGUGGCUUUAUUAUUCCGGGUUUCUCAGACUGAAAUGUCACUAGGACAUGGGUUGUCUUACUCCUAAUCCAGUGAAUACAAGCAAUGCCUGGACAGUCUUACAGUACUCAGAAAACAUCUGAUAAGUAUAUGAACAUUAAUAAAAUGAAAAAUUGCUGUUCAACACCAAAA